AGUAAACUAGUCUCAGCCUCCGAACCCCUAAGCCUCCAUUGAAUCCCUAAUUUCUGGUUUCGUCUCUUUGCCUCUCUUUCUUUCUUUCUUUCGUCUCUUUGCCUCUCUUUGCUUCUCUUUGCUUCUCUUUCUUUCUGGUUUCCUAGUCUCUUUCUUUGCUUCUCAGCUUCUCUUUCUUGCUUCUCUUUGCUUCUCAGCUUCUCUUUCUUUCUCUUUUUUUUUUCGUCUACACAACCAAGCAGAGCAUCACUCAACAACCCUUUUAUUCAAACUUCACUAUUUAUUCUUCUAUGUCGUCUAAAAUUAUGAAAAACCCGAAGAACCAUUUUUUCAGGAUCUGGGUUUUCACUUCCUCGCCUUUUUUCUUCAUGGAAAGCUGAUGGCACAACCGAAGUAUUGAUGAAGAAAAAAACUUAGAGGUGAAUUGGUUGAACUCUGAGGAAUAGUUUGAAUGAUCAAGUUGAAAAUGGCUACAAAUAUGACGACUGAUCAAGGUCCUGAUAGAAAUGGUACUGUGUGGACUAUAGAUCAGAAGCUUGAUCAACCCAUGGACGAAGAGGCUAGAAAGCUUAAAAACAUGUACACAGAAAAGAAGCUUUCAGCAGUAAUGCUUCUGCAACUUGCAUUCCAGAGCCUUGGAGUGGUAUAUGGAGAUUUAGGCACAUCUCCGUUGUAUGUUUUCUACAACACUUUCCCUGAUGGAAUUAAAGACCCAAAAGAUUUGAUUGGAGCUUUAUCUUUGAUAAUAUACUCGCUUACUCUUAUUCCGCUUCUCAAGUAUGUGCUAAUUGUUUGUAGAGCAAAUGAUAAUGGUCAAGGUAAAGUGUUCUCAACCUGGAAAGUUGAUUUGCCGAAGUUAAUCUUCUAA